AUGGUAUCAACAACUGAUAUGCUAGAACUAUUGGUUGUUCUAUUAGCUGUGACGAGAGUAAUGGAAUCUGUUGACAAUGCUACUCACAAAUUGGGAAGAGUUUUCUUAAUUACAUUUGGAAAUGGUUUCAGCAACUAUUCCAAGAAAACACCUUCUGAUUUUAAUUUCACUACAAAUCAUAGUCAGAAAUAUGCAGAUUCCAUCGGACUCGGCAAUUUUGGUUUUGUCAAUAAGAUUGCUAAGGGUGGGCCUUCGUGGCAUAUUGGAGCAUUGGAUCACACAAAGGAUGAUGAUGAUGGGUACAUGUUUCUUGUCAAUGUGGGGAAUAAGAAUCAUCAACCACUUUUUAACUACACAGUUGAUAAUCUUUCGAGUGAUCAAUGUUAUGAAUUUUCUGCUUAUAUCACAAAUGUUGUCAAACAUGGAGCAAAGCAGGCAAAACCAAAUGUACGAUUGGAAAUUCGGGAAACGGACAAAAACGACACUUUGGUUGCUCAAACAUCCACAGGCCAUUUACCUGAAUGUAGCAAUAUGAGUUGGUCAAAAUAUGGUAUUUCAUUCGUACCAACAAGUAGUUCAGUUGCGCUGUUAAUGGUUUCAAACGUUCAUGAAUAUAGAGGAAAUAAUCUUGCCAUCGACGAUAUCGAACUACGUGUUUGUUCAGAUUCUGUUGACCCAUGCGUUGGACAGGAUACUCAAGAAUCCAUAUCAAUGUUCUUGAUUACAUUUGGAAAUGGUUCCAGUGACAAUUCCAAUAAAACACCUUCUGAUUUUAAUUUCAUUACAAACCAUACGCAGAAGUUUCAAAAGCCCACUGAACCCGGUCAUUUUGGUUUGGUAAAUAAAGUUCCCGGGGAUGUCGGCACAUGGCACACUGACGCAUUGGAUCAUACAGCCAAUGAUAAUGAUGGAUAUAUGUUUCUAGUCGAUGUGGGGAAUGAGAGUCAUCAACCACUUUUCAGCUACAAAGUCGAUAAUCUUUUGAGUGGUCAAUGUUAUGAAUUUUCCGCGUACUUUGCAAACGUUGUGAAACGGAGGGCGGGGGGGGGGUACGCUAAACCAGAUGUUCGAUUAGAAGUUCGAGCAGAGAAGGAAGAUGGUAGUUUAAUUGCGAACAGAAGUACAGGUGAUAUACCAGAAUGUAACAAUAUGACUUGGUCCAAACAUGGUAUUUCAUUCUCACCAAUGAGUAGUUUAGUUGUAUUAUUGAUGUUGUCAAACAUUAACGAACAUGAAGGAAAUGAUCUGGCUAUUGAUGAUAUCGAAUUACGCCUUUGCUCAAGAAGCCAUUCUGGUGUUUGCCCUCCAACAACUUCAACAACAACUACCACGACUACAACAACAGCAGCAACAACAACAACAACUACUACUACUACUAUGACGACGACGACGACGACGACAACUAAAACAACUAAAACAACCACUACAACUACAACAACUAAAACAACUACAACAACCACUACAACUACAACAACUACUACAACUACAACAACCACUACAACUACAACAACUAAAACAACUACAACAACCACUACAACUACAACAACUAAAACAACUACAACAACCACUACAACUACAACAACUACUACAACUACAACUACAACAACAACAACAACAACAACAACUACUACUACUACUACUACAACAACUACUACGAUGACGACUACUACAACCAGCACUGCUUCGACUACUUCUCAACAAAGACAAUCGCCAUCCUCUGUUUUUAAACCGACUACUUGUAAUUACUCAUCAGCUAUAGGCACCAGCUGCAAUAUUUCUAAUAGUUUAUGUGCCUUGAAAAAACCUUGCCGAAAUGAUGGAUCAUGUAUAACGAAUCAGAACGAUAUCAAUGAUUAUAAUUGCGUUUGUUCACGUGGUUUCAAUGGGACUCAUUGUGAAUUCGAUCAUCGACCUUGCAAACCACAAACUUGUCUGGGUCAUGGAGAAUGUCACGAAACACCUUAUUUAUCAUUUUUCUGCUUGUGUCAUGAUGGUUGGACUGGAAUUCACUGUCAAUCAAGGAUAGAUAAUUGCAACCAUACCGCAUGCGAAAAUGAUGGUGUCUGCCGGUCAAUAGUAUUGAAUUAUACAUGUGAAUGUCUUGGUGAUAGUUAUUCUGGUCGCCAUUGUGAAAUCACUUCGACGAAAACUACUAUUUUGAAAAUUGUUUCAAAAUCAUUUGCUUAUGUUGCUAUUAUUGCUAUGAUAAGUGUCGCUAUGUUUAUAGUGAUCAUGGAUAUCUUGAAAUAUUGUUUUGGAAUUGAUUCAGCACGUGACGACUUGAAAAGAAUUCAAGGAGAAAAACGAAAAUCUCGUGCAGCACAACGGUUGGUUUAUGUUGAUGCACCACUACAACCGUUCACAUAA